AUGAGCUUGUCUUUCUUCCUCUGCUUUCUCUUUCUCAGCCACCUGAUCCUCCUCGCUUUGGCACACAAGGAGACGCUGCCCCCCAGAGCGCAACUUGGAGACGCGGCUCGCCGUGCCGAAAACAGCAGCAGAAGCAGCCUUGGAAGUAGGAACACCACUUCGUCGUCGUCUUCAGCACCUGCCGCGUAUUUUUCCCCCUCUUUGGGAGUUCAAGGCAGCGGCUCCGAGAGGAGCAGUUUCCAGUGGAGCCCCUCCGGACGCCGAACAGGCAGCCUCUAUUGCAGGGUGGGCAUCGGCUUCCAUCUCCAAAUCCACCCCGACGGGCACGUCAACGGCUCCCACCAAGGCAGUCUCCUAAGUAUUUUGGAAAUAUUUGCUGUGUCUCAGGGGAUUGUAGGAAUACGAGGAGUUUUCAGCAACAAAUUUUUAGCGAUGUCGAAAAAAGGAAAACUCCACGCAAGUGCCAAAUUUACAGAUGACUGCAAGUUCAGGGAGAGGUUUCAAGAAAACAGCUAUAACACAUACGCCUCAGCGGUUUACAGGACUGAAAAAACGGGAAGAGAAUGGUACGUGGCUUUGAACAAAAGAGGCAAAGCGAAGAGAGGGUGUAGUCCCCGGGUGAAACCUCAGCAUAUUUCUACUCAUUUUCUCCCGAGGUUCAGACAAGAUGAGCAGCCCGAACUCUCAUUUACCGUCGCCGUCCCUGAAAAGAAAAAGCUGCCUGUUGUCAUCCCAGCAAAGCCAAAGGUCUCAUUGCCGGUGCCUCGAAAGAACUCCCCUCCAGUCAAAUACAGACUCAAGUUUCGCUUUGGGUAGUAAUAACCGCUCAAUUCAUAAAUUCGAGGACUGACCUUUUUCUCAGGAACUGCUGCUUGUACGUGGUUCCGUGGUGCAGAAUGGCGGAUGAGACUCCGUGGCGCAUUCAGCUCCAUUGGGAGACCCUCCCAUUGGAAAGAUUCACAUUCAUUUGGGGCCUGCUGACACCCAAGUUGAGUGGCUUGUUUGGUAGUUAAAAACAAAGUCGAAUUCUUCAGCUACGUUAAGGGGGAAAGCCCCAAAAGGAGUUCAGGUGAAUGGAAAGGCAUUUGAGGGGGGUUGCCUUAAUUUUCAAUCUCAUCUUUCUGCUUUCCAGUUGUUGGUCAUGGAUUGCCAGUUUUAAAUGGCUGUUCAAAAAUGGCAACAGUAGAGUUUAAAAUGACUCUUGCAAGAUGUGAAAGAUUACCUCAUAUGUUGAGUUGUG